AUGUCGAACAAGAUGAUGAUAACACAACCCCAGAUCAUUAUGGACUCUCAAACAUCUGAUGAGUGGAGCUCAGGGAUCUGUGACUGCUACGAUGACAAAGCAGAGUGUUGUUUUGCGUGUUGCUGCUGCCCCUGCUUUGCCUGCAUCAAGACUGAGGAAUAUGGGCAGUGUCUGUGUCUCCCCCUGUUGGACAUUUGUGGUUGUGUCAGACCUGUAACUUGGACCAUGAGGGUGUCGAUGAGACACCGUUAUGGAAUUAAGGGCACUCACUGUAACGACUGUCUGAUUGCUACAUGCUGUACAUCAUGCGCCUGGUGCCAAAUGGCCCGUGAGAUGAAAAGUCGCUCCAUUUCCAUUGCCCUGAUUGGUGCCAGACCCACAGCAUAACGUGCACCUUUCCUAAUUUAUCUAUAAACAUAUAGAAUCUAUUAAAAAAGUGUUGUAUGUAUCCUAAUGUGAUAUUUUAUGUAAGGGCAGAAAGUAUUAUUUUCAGAUUUCACAUUUUAUUGUUCUAUGAACUUUGUGUACCAGUUUGUCUUUUAUUUGUAUAAAUGGGGCGGCACGGUGGCUCAGUGGAUGGCGCUAAGAAGGUCCUGGGUUAAAUCCCCAGGUGGGGCGGUCUGGGUCCUUUCUGUGUGGAGUUUGCAUAUUCUUCGGGAGCUCCGGUUUCCUCCCACAAUCCAAAGACAUACAAGUAAGGUGAAUUGAAGAUACAUAAUUGUCCAUUACUUUGUUUGACAUUUAACUUGUAAACUGGUAAAUCUUGUGUAACGAGUUACUACCGUUUCUGUAAAACAUGACGU